AUGCAAGGAUCACCCAGGAGGCGUUUGGCAGUGAAUCUUUUUAGCAAGUUUUUUCAGGGCCGGAGACAUUCUUCUUCUGAUCCUCUCUUCCAAGUGCUUCAGAGGCGACGGAGCUCAGUUGUAGAGGUCCUCUCGACUUCUACACAUAGGGUUAUGGUGGCUAUUUCCUCUGUAAGCCCUGAAGAGCUGAAUGCUGCUUUCCAUGAAAGAAGAAGAAAAUCUAGACGUCCAACUGCAAAAUAUACAAAAGUUGGAGAACGCCUUCGUCAUGUUAUUCCUGGUCAUAUGCAGUGUUCUAUGGCAUGUGGUGGCCGUGCUUGCAAAUAUGAAAACCCAGCUCGGUGGAGUGAACAAGAACAGGCUGUUAAAGGAUUAUAUUCCUCCUGGGUAACAGAUAACAUACUGGCUAUGUCUCGACCCUCCACAGAUCUUAUUGGAAGAUAUAAUAUUAUUGAACAGUUCCAAAGAUGUGACAUAAAAACAGUAAUUAACCUUCAGCGUCCCGGGGAACAUGCUAGCUGUGGGAAUCCACUGGAACAAGAAAGUGGUUUCACCUAUCUUCCUGAAGCCUUCAUGGAGGCGGGAAUUUAUUUUUAUAACUUUGGAUGGAAGGACUAUGGUGUAGCAUCUCUCACUACUAUCCUCGAUAUGGUAAAAGUGAUGACUUUUGCCUUACAGGAAGGGCGAGUAGCUAUUCAUUGUCAUGCGGGACUUGGCAGAACAGGUGUCUUAAUAGCUUGUUACUUAGUUUUUGCAACAAGAAUGACUGCAGACCAAGCAAUCCUUUUUGUAAGAGCAAAAAGGCCUAAUUCUAUUCAGACUAGAGGACAGUUGUUGUGUGUAAGGGAGUUUUCACAGUUCUUAAUUCCGCUCAGAAAUGUUUUUGCCACCUGCGAGCCCAAAGCACAUGCAGUGACUCUUUCCCAGUACUUGAUCAGGCAGCGGCAUUUGUUGCAUGGAUAUGAAAGCAGACAUCUCAAGUAUGUGCCAAAACUUAUCCAUCUUGUUUGCAAAUUGCUCUUGGAUUUGGUUGAAAACCGACAGGUGAUAGAGGAAGAAUUAAUAGAUAUGCCAGACCUGUCAGCUGAAAUUGAGAAGACCGUUUCUCAGUUAGCUUCUACGGAGCUUGAUAAGGAGUUAAGAAGACAAGACAGUAGUACUUCGGAGCCAUUCUCUCUCUCAGGAUCAAAUCCUCUUCAUCCCAGGGAACACGAUUGUGAUCCUCUUUGCAAAUCGAGGACUGCUGAUCACUUUUUGUCUCUUAGCCGUUCCAAAAGGCGCCUUAGCUAUAGUGAAACAGAUUUAAGAAAAUUUGCAUUUAUCGCUGAGCAAGGAGAAACACUAUGGUCAGUGCCUGUACAAGCGCCACUCUGCAACAAAUCUAACCCACCAAGCAAGGUGAACGACUGCCAGCCUCUUCAUAUUGAGCUAAACCAAGAAGUCUUAAUUCGUAACACGUUUACUUUCUCAACUCAGGGAAAAUUUAAUCCAGGAAAAAAUGAAGACGACUCUUCUGCCUGCCAUAGAUCUAGACAUACAAAAAGAGUACUGCGUAGUAAAACCUUUUCUUCAGGCCUUUCAUAUCAUCAGAAAGAAAAAGAGGAGGAUGAGGAAGAAGAAGAAGAGGAGCUAAAAGCACUGAACUAUAAUUUUGUGAGAAAGGAUAUUUAUGGUAGACGAAUAUCAUCUGAAGAUUCAGAAAGUGGGACUUAUGAUAUCAAAGAUCUUUCGGACGCAAUCCCCCAUAUCAUUGUGCAAUCAGAAUUAACUCAAGAGGCACGAAGAAUUUUGGCAGCCAAAGCUCUGGCAAGUCUGAAUGAAUUUAUGGAAGCAGAAGAAGUGAAGUCUAAAGUAGAAAUGUGGCAGAAAGAACUGAAUAGUCAAAAUGGAGCCUGGGAUAAAAUAUGUGCUGAGAGGGAUCCUUUUAUUCUCAGUAAUUUGAUGUGGUCUUGGAUAGAGCAACUUAAAGAACCUCUUCUAACCAAAAAUGAUGUUGAUGUGUUAGCAAAAACUAACACAGAUUUUCAAGAAGCAUUCAAAUUACUAGAAAAGGGAAAAUAUCACACCAUAUUGUGUAUCUUAAACUGUGUGGUGAAUUUGCAGACAAUACCAACAGAUGUGGAAGAGCUGCUUCUUAAUCGUGCCAUUAAAGCAUUCACCAAGAUGAACUAUGAUUCUGAAAGUGGAUCAGAGGUUUACAGCAUUUUAAAGAAUGUUUUCAAACAGAUACUGGAACACCAAAGACAAUAUGCCAAUGAAGAAACGGGAAAGCUUUUAUGA